UCGGAAGCCGUCCAGCCGAGAAAAGUCGCCAGGGAAACAACUGAGUAUGUGACGCAAGCUUUACCUGUUCCGCCGGAAGCUAGGUCUGAUGCUGAUUGGUGCCUCAAGUAUACAUUCGGUUUGCGAGCAUGGAAAAUGUUCGUGAACCAAACGAAUGCUGCCUUGAAGAAACAGCUAGCUACCCGUCCGGAUUCCAAGGUGAUAUUUUUGAAAAGCGAAUUGCUGGAAUGUACAUUGCCGGAGUUGUGUUACGGGCUGAGCAAAUUUGUGUCGGAAGUCAAGAAGACGGACGGAUCUCGUUAUUCUCCCGACCUCGUGUAUUACUUGUGUCUGGGGAUUCAAGCCUAUUUGUUCGAGAACGGACGAACUGAGAACAUUUUCAGUGACAUCUUGUUCUCGCCCUUCACGGACGCGUUGGAUGAGCUUAUGCGCAGCUUUUCCUCUGCGUCCAUGCUCGAU